AUGUCCGUACCGGAAUUCGAACAAUCGCGCCGGCUGUCGCAGGCCGAGAGCCAGACCGUCCUGAGAGCGGAGAUUCCCCUCAAGGAACGGUUCUUCCGUUACUUCCAGCAUGAGAUCACUGCACUGCAGGAGCAGAUGGAGCGUCUGGCGGAUACGUCGCUGGUGGGUGGAGAACGGACGGAUGCUACCGAUCAUUGUCUAGCUGGAAUCGCACGAUUGUCCAAUGAGGUCAAGGAUGCGGCGAGUUACAUUCCAACUUACGACCAGCGGAUAUAUGCAGAGGCCAUCAAAGCGCUCCAGGACAAGCUGGCAGAGACUCGUGCCGUCGUUGAGCCACGUUCGAAAUUCAGCUUCAAGACGAAGAAGAACCCUGCUUCUAUCUCUCUUUCCGAUGCAGCUGAGAUGGCUUUCCAGGGCUAUCGUGGUGUGCCCGGGUAUCGCUCACCAGGAACGUCCUCAGUUGGCUCAUCCGCAAACAAUACUCCUCUCUAUCCCUCGACUCCAUUGAACGAGCCGGACAAGAUCCUCCAACAGCACAGACCAGAGGUUGUACCAACUUCCGUCCCGUCAAUUUCUGUUGGUGACACCGAAGAAAAGCCCAAAGAAAAAGAACAAAAGGCUUUCGCGGCGAAUGUUUUGUCCUCUGUAACAGUAAACAACCAUCAUGAUCUUCAUAUCAUGCUCCCGGCUUCAGGAUCGGCCUCUGCUGUUCCUGCUUCUAUAACCUCAUUGCGCCACUGUGUUGUUGAUAUGUCCAUUCCCACCGCCAACGGAAAGCCGUAUGCCAGUUUAACGGUGAAGGGAGUCGAGGAGAGCUUAUUAGUUUGCGGGCAGAUCGACGGCCCUGCGCAUAUCACCGGUGUCGAACAUAGCGUCAUCGUGGUUUCUUGUCGCCAGUUCCGUAUGCACGAUUGUCGUGACGUGGACGUCUAUUUGAGCUCAACAAGCAACCCCAUCAUCGAAGGAUGUUCUAAUAUCCGUUUCGGGCGCACGCCUAGGGCAUAUGUGAGUCACCUUUCAUCCAAUAUCUUUUUAUGGAAAGUUAAUAAUCCCCAGGCCCUCGACCACGACCGCCCCGAUAACGAAGACCGCUGGAGCCAAGUCGAAGACUUCGAAUGGAUCAAGCCCGAACCUAGUCCGAACUGGAGUCUUCUGGGUCCUGAAGACGCUGUUCCAGAGGGCGUGUGGGCUGAGAUCGUUCCUGGUGGUCCUGGAUGGUCGUUGGAUGAUAUCCUACGGGCUAUUAAGCUCAUACAGUGA